AUGUUUAUGACGGUAGGGGGCGCCACUGACUGGGGGGACCUGAGACUCCCCCCGAAGCACGUGCCCUACUUCUUCAGGAAUAAUCCUCACAUGAAACAACGUUGUCAGGAUGAAGAUACCUGCCCUUAUAAGGCCUUGUUGAGAGAGACGAGGUGCUGGGGAUACGAGGAGGAAUGCCCGGAGUCGCAGAGAAAGAGCCUGCCUCUGUGCCCGGAUGAUGUCGAACCGACAAGGAGACAAUCAGUUACUGAUCGUAGGAGAAAUCUGUUCUGGCGUCAGGCCGACUUUGGGUAUGUGAAAGAUAGGAUGGACAACAUGAGGACAUUCUGUAGAGGUUCUCGCAAGUCUGACUCGUCCCUGGAAUGUACGGAUGCACUCAGGUUCUGCCGGGGGAAAAACGUGUACCUGGAUCUACGUAACGCCAAAAUGGCAACAAGAGACAGGUCAUCAUGA